CAGCGGAGCGGAAGGAUCCCAUUGGUCGCGUUGCGAUGUUGGGGAGCCGGGAAACGGGAACCGCGGGGUGCCGGGAGGCGGCCGCCGGGCCUCCGGGGCCCGUGAGCCGGGCAGACCGCCGGGAGGAGACGCCCGCGGCCGGCGCAGGGUGUCGCCCCCCCGGCCUGGUGAACUGGAGGCGGAGACCGUGCAGGACUUCAGCCCUGUUCGCUGCAGCCAACGCGCUCCUCUGGUUCGUGGCCUUCAGCUCCUUCCGAGCCUGCAGCCUCCUCGCCGCCACCCUGGCUCUGCUGGUUGUCACGGUUACCGCCAGGGACAUCGUCCGGUCCAGAUCCACAGGAGCUCACUUGUGGCGCAGCAUGACAGCAAGGGCUCCUUCAGACCUUCUGAAAUCACCCAAAGUUCUUGAGAUGUCUCCUGAGGACCAUGGGACAGGAACGAGCUGGGAGAUCGUCGACUCGGGUCGGCUCAGCCCGUCUGGGACUGGACCUCAGCUUGGCGACUCCCUCAAGCUCUUCCUCCAGGAGACAUCGGCUUUCAAGCAGCAAAACCCGGGCAAGUUUUGCCUGCUGGUUUGCAGUUUAUGCACCUUCUUCGCCGUCUUAGGACGCUACAUUCCAGGGAUCGUUAUCUCGUAUGUUCUCGUGCUGAGCGUUUUCCUGUGGCCUCUCGUCUCUUCUCACGAGGUGGCCUUGUGGCUGGAGCCAGUUCUGCAGAAGCUGGACUUUGGCAUCGGGGAGUUCCUUCAUAGGAUCAAGGAGAACCAUGAGAACAGAAUCCGUCAGUCUCAGGCUGAGAGCGACGGCGUGGAGUCGGACCUCUCCUCCAUGUUCCCCAAGCUGGACUCCACAGUCUGUAAGGAGAUGUCCGUGUCGGACACGGAGGCGUCUGACGUGACGUGGACGGACAACGGCACCUUUAACCUGUCAGAGGGGCACACGCCACAGACGGAGAAUUCAGAGGACCUCGACAGAGAAGAGGCGUUCACUGGAGGCCUGCCGGAGUUUCCCUCGCUCGACAACGGCGCCACGACCAACGGCGACGACGACGACGACGACGACUUCAGCCUCGGCCUUUCUUCACCUCCCCCGCGGUCGGCGAGCAAAUCCAAGCAUGUGCCCCCUCACCACGGGGAGCUGCCUGCCGGCGCCGCCCUCCAGCUGGUCAAUCAGAUGGCGGGCGACUUCAUCGCCGCCGCCGUCACGGCCGCCAUGCAGGAGAGAAUAGAAGCGGCGGUCAGCUUUGCGGCGACGAGCUCGGAGGCGCGGCCCCCGGACGGCGCCCGGCUGCUGGAGCUGGCGGAGGAGUCGGACAGCGAGGUGGAGGACUUUGAGCUGCUGGACCAGUCGGAGCUGGAGCAGCUGGGGGGGGAUCUGGGCGAGCCGGCCUCUACGGGAUUCUUCUCCAAACUCCUGAGGCGCCAAUGAUGGGUGAAGAGCGGCGUGUGCACAAGGAAGCAGGAGGAGAAAACAGAAAUCUCAUUUCCUGUAACAUCAGCCAUUCAAACCAGUUUGUUUAAUCAGAUCAUCUCAGUGCAGGUUUCACCGUAUCAACCAGAUCAGGAAACAGGGGGGGGGGUAGUACAGUGGGUUCAGCCGACCGGGGGGGUGGAUGCCCCCCUGUUAUAAUGGUGGGGGGAAACACUGUGUAAUAUGUGAAAGGAGCGCUUGUUUUCUACUCUACUAAACUAAAGAGGAAACAAGCAAUCUGCAUUUUUAUCAACCCAUUUAUUUGAUUCUGCGUCGUGCUAAACUAACGUCGGUAUCAAAACUCUCCAUCCACCGCUGCGACAGGUGACUACAUUACCCAGAAUUCAAAUGUAUGCAUGCGUUUCAUGAAACAUCCUGUGAACCCGACACAGGAUGACCCAAAAUAUGCAGUCAAAACACUUGUUAUUUAACUUGUUAAACAUUGAUGAGCAUCGAUCAUGGAUUCACAGAAUGAGGAAGAGGGAUUGAGCUGCAACAUCUCGAAUUAUAUUUAAAUAUGAUGUUUUCAUGAUAAAGAUACACGGCGAUGUACAACAUAUCCUCUCGAUUAAUCAUUGGCUUGUAUUAGCAUAACGCUAACAAUGACAUAUUAGCUGAUCGGCGCCUCAGAGGCCUUCGUAGUGGCUGCAGUUCAUUUCUGGCUCUGAUGUGUUCAGACUUCACUGAAUAAAUACAUGUUUUGAUAUUUAGUUUACUGUUAAAUUAUUACUACUUUUUUAAAUUGAUCUUCCGGUUGCAUCGUGGUGGCAUCCAUGUAUUUAUCUAAAAGUGAAAAGUCCUUUGAACUUAGUUUGAAAAUGCUGGAUCAGAACCAAAAUGCAUUAACAAAAUGUACUUUUGUGUAACUAAACAAUAAAAAGUAACUCUCGUCA